AUGAGAAACAAGAGAAAGUGUUUUCUACCAUUGACUGUGUCAAUACUGAUGCUGCUCUUUUUCACACAUGCCGCGCACGUACAGCGUGUCGAAAGAUCAGCAUCCCAAAGGGAAAAUGACAAAACAACUAAUCCAGUCGAUCUUGAACGUGAUGGAACAAUUCAUAAACUCGAUUCUGGACGUGACGCAACAAUUGAUGAACUCGAUCCGGAAAUUGAUCAAGUCGAUCAUGGAAGGGGGAAAACGCUUGAUUCUGCUGAUCCUGAAUAUGAUCAAGUCGAUCCUGACCAUGACGUUAUAAUCAAUCCAUUUGAUCCUGAACGUAAAACAACAAUCGAAUAUGAGACGACAGUCAAUCCUGUCGAUCCUCAACGUCAGACAACAAUUAUUGAUUCUGAUGAUGUUGAACGUGACGUGGCAAAUGAUCAAGUUCAUCCUGAAUUUGACACAACAAUUCAGUCUUUUGAUCCUGAACGUGCCGUAGCAAAUUAUCAAGUCAAUCCUGACCGUGAAGUAACAACAAAUGAUUCUGUUGAUGAUGAACGUGACGUAGCAAAUGAUCAAGUCAAUUCUGACCGUGAAGUAACAACAAAUGAUUCUGAUGAUGAUGAACGUGACGUAGCAAAUGAUCAAGUCAAUUUUGACCGUGAAGUAACAACAAAUGAUUCUGUUGAUGAUGAACGUGACGUAGCAAUUGAUCAAGUCGAUCCUGAGUAUGACCCGACAAUCAAUCCAGUCGAUACUCAACUUGAGACAACUAUUGGUUCUGUUGGUGCUGAACGUGACGUUGUAAUUGGUCAAGUCGAUCCCGAAUAUGAGACUACAAUCACUCCAGUCGAUCCUCAUCGUGAGACAACAAUUGUUUCUGUUGAUCUUGAACAUGACAUAGCAAUUUAUAAAGCCGAUCCUGACCGUGAAACAACAUUUGCUUCUGUUGGUGCUAAACUUGACGUGACAAAUGAUCAAGUCAAUCCUAAAUAUAACUCGACAAUCAAUCCAGUCGAUCCUGAACGUGACGUAACAACCAAUCAGGUCCAUCCUCAACGUGAGACAACAAUUGAUUCUGUUGAUCCUGAACGAAAGAGUAUUUUUCAUGCAUUUGACGUUAGUGUUCGACCACUCGAUGAUGAAACCAUUACUAACACUAUCCAUACACUGAAAAACCUUACAAUUAGUACUGAAGCUCUAGAAGAUCUCAACAGCUGUGGCGAUGACAUCUCUAGAUACACUUGUAUGGAGAAUACUUGCAGAGGAAGAUGCGGGCAGAUGAACAACUACACAAAUGCCUUGUGGCUCUGCUCUUGUGAUGCUGCGUGUCCCGUCUAUGGAGAUUGCUGUAAGGACUUUAACGAUGUUUGCGACAACCAUACAUAUAACUCCGAGAUGGAGGAAGUAUUCGUUUGCAAAGAUAUAGGACCUGGUCAAUAUAUAUACAUGAAGCAAUCAUGUAGACCCGACUACAAUGAUGUAGAUAUUAUUCAGAAGUGUUACGGGGAGAGUGGGGUGGAGGGUGUCGUGCCGGUGACUGACGAACUUACCAAUGUUGUCUAUGUGAACUAUUUCUGCGCUUUGUGCAAUCUGGUCAAUGAUAACUUGGUUCCUUGGAAAAUAUCGAUGCAUUGUCCGUUGAGUGGUCACUUCGCCCCCAUAUCAGGCAAUGAUAUAAUCGAAAUGUUAAGCAAGGUUCGACGACCAAGACGAUGUUUGAUUUCCAAAAUACCAUUAGAUAAAGGUUUGAAUGUGCGACGACCUUGUAUCUCUAUAUUGGCCACUCAAUGUAGAGGAUGCAAAGACGAUGGCAUUAUAGAAGCCUGCAAAACUGGAGUUCGAGAUCCACAAUUUUCCAAAAAGGGAGGUUUGAUUGCAAGAAAUGUUUAUUGUCUGAAGUGUAUGGGUUGGAUCGAUGAUUCUCAUGACUGCGACAUUUUUCUAACGCCGAACGGAGGCAAUACGAUUUCCGACUUCUUCGCUUACUCCGUACUGGUUGAUGUGAUCAAUGAUUCUGGUUCCGUCUUGCAGAUCAAGGCAGAUUCGGGUAUCGCGGGAAUUGACUCUGUUGUAAAGGUGAAAGGCGCAGAGAUAAGUAUGAUACAAUGUCCAAACCGGUCUAAACUUGUCAAAAAUGAAUGCGUGUUCUCUGAGACACAAUUUAAGGUUUUCUGUAAAAUCCCAACGAGGAACAAGAAUGCCCAAAAUAUCGAAGCACUCGUGACCGAGGUUAUAAAAGAAGCUUUCGAUAUUUUGGGAUUUCUUUAUGUAGCACCUAAGAGUGAUGGUUCCAUGCAUUGUCAUUUCUUUGUCUCGUUCCAAAAUGAAACAUUUGACUGGGAGACGGAAUUUAUUCAUAAUGAGAAAAUCAUUCAGCGAUCUUUUCCUCCUGUUGAUUCAAUUUCAACUGUACGCUAUUGUUUAGUUGAGAAUGAUGAGAUUGAAUUGUCUCGCGCGAAUUUGGUUGAAGGGGAGUCUACAACGGAAGGUCAUUCGGUAACAUCAGAGACAUCGCGAUCGCACUCUUCUAGUGGCAACCGUCGUAUUAUGAAUGCUGGGAACAGGCUUUGGUCUGGCUUGUAUGUUUCUACCUCGCUCUUUUUUGCUCUUACUUACCGGCAUGUUCAACGAUUAAUUUAACUUGAUUGAGAAACCCUUGAGUCCAACCAUGCCUAAAAUACAUAGCUAAGAAUGUUAAUAGUUCAAUGACUACUUAUUUUGAUUUUGGUGGAAAAAGAUUGGCGGGAUUUUGAGCUUGGCCAUGGAUUGAUUUAUCUAGCCACUGAAAAUGUGGACGUUAGCUUCAAAAACCUGGCUUGCUUCCAAACUUUAAUUUGAAAAAGUCUAAUUUUACAUUUCAUCACCCAUGAAUUAAUUUGGUAAAUUGAAAUUUUAGUUUAUGACAAGUUUAGUUUAGGAAUUCCGAAAGCAAUUCUUUGAUUUGAAAUCACCAUCUAAAAUAAUUUUAAAAAUUGUCAAGUUUAUAGUCUUACUGUAUUUCUUGAUGCACUAUUUUGCUUUUGAUGAAAAACGGAAAUCUGAUCUGAAAAUGUAUUACAAAAAUAGGAAGAGGUAUUGCUUUGUUGAUGAAAUAACUGUGAUUGGAUUAUCUUAUCCAUGUGUACUAUAAAACUUCAUAAAAAACAUUAGAUGAUUACUACCACAUUCUAUGAUUUGCUGGGCUGUAAUUAUCCACUCAUUUACAUCGACCAUCUACAUAAGUGAGGCCAACAAGUGAUAACACAUAUACCAUCUCCCUAACUAAUUUCUCCACUCGCGAGCUGUGUGGUUCGCGAUGUGGGAACUCGAUGCGCGAGUGGAGGGAUAAGUUUGGGAGAGAUAAACUGGUGGUUCGCGACUUAAGAACCGAUGAUAUUCGCGUUCUGAGAAAGUGGUCCGGGUGGAAGGAACGAGGUCAGCGACGACCACGUACGUGAGUCGAAGUCUAAGAGGCUUGUUUAAUUUCACCAUAGACAAUCAUGGUCAACGUACGCCCCCC